GAAAUGAAAUAAGGGCACACUACCACUGACACAACGUGAAGCUAACGUCUCCUAAAUUGGCGUGUAAGAAAUGACAAGCAAUGAUGAACGGGACUUCUCGUAACACGUGAUGGGAUGACGUACACUGUACACUUGCAAAACUCCCAUAAGCACACCAUUGUUGGCCAAGAAAAGAUCGGCGAUGGACGACAGUUGUCAGCAAGCGCCACUGUUUACAUUCGGCGUGAUAGCCGACGUUCAGUACGCCGACAUGGACGACGGGCUCAAUUUCAGCCAGACAAGAAGGCGAUACUACCGAGGUAGUCUUGGACUGCUCAGAAAAGCUCGGGAGAGCUGGUCUCACUCGUCUCCCCGUCCAAAGUUCAUUAUUCAGCUGGGAGACAUCAUCGACGGGUUUAACAAGGAACGCGGCGCUUCCAGCCUAGCACUGGAGAACGUCUUGGAAGAGUUCAGCCUCAGUCCCAUUGAGGUGCAUCAUGUUUGGGGCAACCACGAGUUCUACAACUUCACUAGAAGCGAGCUGUUGCGAUCCAAGCUGAACAGCUCCGUCCUUGCCGACACCAGCCUCAGUGGAACCCGGGCCGGUGGAGAUAUCUACGCCUAUAGCUUCACUCCCUUCCCCGGGUUCACAUUUGUUGUGUUGGACGCUUAUGACGUAAGCUUGCUUGGUGUCGAUGAGGACACUGUGCAGUACCACGGUGCUUUAAAUUGGAUAAAACAACACAACAACAACGAGGAUCUCAACUCCCCACCGGGAUCAUUUGAUGACAUGGAGCAAAGGUUCUCAAAGUUCAAUGGUGGUUUCAGCAAAGCCCAGCUGGCCUGGCUCGAAUCUGUUCUGACCUCGGCUGACAAGAAACGUGAGAAAGUCACCAUUGUCAGUCACCUCCCAGUCCACCCGUUCUCCACAACGCCCGUGUGCCUGGCCUGGAACUUCGAUGAGCUCCUAUCCACUAUCCAGGCCCACAAUUGUGUGGUGUGCUUCAUUGCCGGGCAUGAUCAUGAUGGUGGAUAUUGCUUGGAUAAGAGGACAGGAAUUCACCACCUUACGCUGGUGGGAGUCAUCGAGACGCCACCAGACAGCAACGCGUUCGGCACCGUCUCCGUGUAUGAUGACAAGAUGGUCUUGAAGGGAAUCGGGAGGAUUCCAGAUAUUGACAUUUUCUUUCCUCGAUUACCCGUCUGUGAGGCAAUGACAACCAAAGAUGACUAAACUUUUUAUUUAC